UUUUUCGAACUGGAUCAUAUUUUUGUACGCGGCAUAAACAAAAUAGUCAUAUACAACCGAUAGAGAAGUGAAAACAUUCUUCAUUUAGUACGUUGACCCGCUACAUCAUAAAGUAAUGGCAACUGCAAUCGACUUAUCUGAUAACCAAGAAGCUAAAAAAUUCGCCGAAGGAGAACUAAACGAAACGGACGAAACUAGGGUCAAUUCUUUGGAGGAGCUUAAACGAUGGUUACAAGAAGAACCUCAGCUACACGCUCGAUUAGAAGACCAGUAUCUGCUGGCGUUUUUGAGAGGGUCCAAAUUCAACAUGGAAAAAACAAAGAAGAAAGUAAAGAAUUACUACAAGAUGAGGAGGGAUGUUCCCGAGUGGUUUUCGAAUCGGGAUCCAGAGUUGAAUCAGAUGCAAGAAUUAAUCAAAUUGGGUUGUUUUGUGCCAUUAAAAAAGAAACAAGAUAACAGAUUAGUUGUAAUUAUCCGAACAGCUGCCCAUAAUCCCAGCAUACAUACCCAGGAUGACGUUUUUAAAGCCGGUACCAUGAUGAUGGAUGUAGCUGCUAUGGAAAAUGUUAUUUCUUCACACCUUUAUGGAGUAACUGCUAUUCUUGACAUGACUGGACAGAGUUUUGCCCAUGUUAGACAAUUGACGCCCAGUACUAUAAUCGGAAAGGCUGUGAAUUGUUGGCAGAAUUACCAUAUCAGGCCCAAGCAUCUUGAGUUCAUCAAUGCGCCGACCGCCGUUCACGUAGUUAUAUCCAUAUUCAAAAGCUUCAUGAACAGUAAACUAAGAGAAAGAGUAAGGACCCAUUUACCAGGCCAACUGAAAGAUUUGUAUACUGUAGUAGACCCCAAAAUUCUUCCACCGGAAUACGGCGGCGAGGGGGAAACGAUGCAAGAGCUUAUUGACUAUUGGAACGACAAAUAUAUUAGCUACAAAUCAUGGUUUCUUGACGACGAACAGUACAAAGCUGACUGAGAUUAAUUUAAAUUUUAUUUAUAUUUUGAAUGUGUAAAAAUGAUUUAAAUAUACAAAUAGUUUUA